AUGAAGAUCCUGUGGCUGGCAGCAGUGGUGUGGUGUGUCCUAGCACCUCCAGUGCAGGCCAGCAAGGAGAGGGGCGGAGACUGGGAGGACAUCCGCUGCAAGUGCAUCUGCCCCCCUCACCGGAACAUCAGUGGGCAUAUUUACAACAAGAAUGUGUCCCAGAAAGACUGCAACUGUCUGCAUGUGGUGGAGCCGAUGUCCGUGCCGGGGAACGACGUGGAAGCCUACUGCCUGCUGUGUGAGUGCAAGUAUGAGGAACGCAGCACAACCACCAUCAAGGAAGCCAGCUCCCUGGGGGCAGCCACGCCUCCCGCCGGCGCCCGAGCCAACACGGUGCUGGAGAGGGUGGAAGGAGCCCAGCAGCGGUGGGAGCUCCAGGUGCAGGAGCAGCGAAAGACGGUGUUCGACCGGCACAAGAUGCUGAGCUAG